UGACCAAGAAGUAGAGAAUUUCUGUAGUCAUCCUAAAGAGAGAUUCAUCUUCCUAUUAUUAUUUUAUAUUGUCAAUGAUACAAGUGUCCACAUCAGGCGGUGUAGUGGGAAAAUAUUUUAUACAUAAAUUUUUAAUGAAUAUAAAAUAGUUGGCAUAUAAUAAUCUAUAUAUUAUAUUAUUAGAUGACGGUGCCGCAUAAGUUCGCAUUGAAAAAAUGUUCACCCUGGCUACUAGUUUCAGUAGAUGUGUCUAGGAUAUUUUAUAGGUUAAUGACUUUUAUUACUUCGAACGCGUCCUUUUAAAGUGUCAAAUUGAUCAACAACCGGGUCUGAUAUUUUUUAAUAAUAAACUCUCCCCAAAGGAUUUUUUAAUAUUCUAAAACUUUGAGAUGAUAUUCUUCAAAGUGAAUCUUACUACAAUACAGAUAAAACAGAAAAAGUACAAAUGAUUAAUUGAUAAUUUCAAAAAUUUUUAUGAGAAUAACUUAUCAAGCGCAUAUCUAUUGUUAAGCUGUGUUAAACAUUGUGAAAUUUGUUCAAAAGUGUUGUACUGUGACAAUGGCAACUGACUGGAUGACAGAAAAGAUUUCAAUGAAGAAUGUGCUAAGUCAAGUUUUGAAUGCAAGAACUGAGUCAGAUUUUAUAUCUGUCAAACAAGAAAUGGAAUUAUUUGAUGAAACUUUAUGUCCUAAAACACAAGAGAUAGGAAUUAAUCGCGAUCAAUGCAUUGAUAAGCAAAAGACUAAUGAAACUGAUGCAAUGCCAUCUUCUUCAAAAGCACAACCAGCUAGUACUUUGCUGUCACAUAAUGGAGAAUCCAACACAGAUAUUUUGCCUGCAAUUCCUAACGAAAGAACUUUUGUAUUAGCAAGUGUCAUAAAUCAAGACUCAUUGUGUAGAGGUCAAAUUGAUUUAAUGGAGAUACAAGCUGAAGAAGAACACAAUUACAAAUAUUUGUUCAUUUAUGAAGAUCAGUUUUCUAAAUUUAUUGUUCUCAAAGCUUUACGAACUAAUACUAUCAAAGAAGUCACAUUGAAACUCUUUGAUGUACUGACAAUCAUUGGAGCACCGCGAAUUUUGCAAAGUGGUAAUGGUCGCGAAUUUACUGAACGUGUGGUGCGCGAAUUACGUUCACUUUGGACGAAUCUUACAAUAGUGCAUGGAAAUGUGUCAAAAUGUGAUGAAAGCAGUAAGAGAGAUUACCAAAAUCUUAUAAAAUCAUGGCUCAUAAAAAAUCCAUCAAAAGUCUGGUAUCAAAGUCUUAAAUUUAUACAGAUUCUUGAAAAUACAACUUUUCAAUCCAAGGAUGGUAAAAUUCCAUAUGAUUUACUAUUUGGCCGUAACGUUCACAACGUAUGUGAGAACGGGAGUCUCUCUAAAGAAGUUAUGAACAAAAUUUGGAGUGAAGAGCAAUUGUACGAGCAUCUCAAGGAGAAUGGAAGCAUCUCUCUUGAUAUUGAAUUUGGAGACAGCCCAGUUAAAUCACCAAGAAAUAACAGCAGCACAAAUGGUUUUAACUUUGUGAAUGUGAAAAGUGAAAUGUCACUGAGCACAAAUCAAAUAGAAGAUUCACAAUCCGACGAAGAAAGUAGCACAGCUGAUAGGUUACAGACACAAGACACGGACAAGUAUCUGUUUAGGUGCAAAAUCUGUCAGAAACAAUAUAUGAAGUUAGGUCAUUUAAAGAAUCAUAUAAAAGCACAUGUGAAAGCAGGUCGACUUGAUUGUACUAUUUGCCACAAGACAUUCCGGCUUCCGAGUCUAUAUGAUAAUCAUAUGAAUGAAGUUCAUAGUCAAGAAAAAAUCUUCAGUGAUAAUUCUUUUCAUUCUGCAAAGAGAAUGGAUACGGAUGACAUUUCACCAGAAAAAUCUGAAAAUAAAAACGAGAAGUUAGAAACUGGAUUGGAAGAGAAUCCUUUAGAAAUAACCGAACGCACAAGUCCUGAGAAAAAAGAUAACAUGCUCCUCUGUAUCUCCAACAAAAGUCACAAAAAAAACCUCAAACGCACCAACGCCCUAGCCAGAAGAAAAGUUUCCAAAGAGAAUCGUCUAACUAAAGUGAAUGGGGACCCAUUGCUCGAGUGCACAUAUUGUCAACAAAAGUUUGACUUUCCAAGUGUCUUAAAAAGACACAUGCGGUCUCAUACAAAUGAAAGACCUUACGUUUGUCAAGUCUGCAACAAGAGUUUCAAGCAGUUAGGACAUCUGAGUCAGCAUUCUUUGACACAUACGGACUACAGGUCUUUUCAAUGUGCAAUUUGCGGAGUAAAAUUUGAGUCUCUGGACAGCUUGAAAAAUCAUUCGCAAAAUCAUAAAGGAGAAUCAGUUGUAUAUCGACCAAAGGAGAUUUAUCGCCUCUUCGAAUGCGACAACUGCAAAAAGGUGUUCACAACAAAAAGUGUCCUAGAGCGUCACAUAUUUACUCAUACGCAUGAGCGUCAAUUUGGCUGUAAAGUAUGUGGAAAAAGAUUCAAACAAGCAGGUCACGUUAAGUCCCAUAUGUUGAUUCACACAGGAGAACGUAAAUUCGAAUGUACUAUAUGUUCAAAACGUUUUAGCCUAUCAAAUUCUCUCAAGAAACAUAUGUACGUACACAACGGCGAAAAGCCUUAUCAGUGUGACGUAUGUGGUGCCAGGUUUCUUGAAAAACGAUAUCUCAAUGGACACUUAAUGACCCACACAAAUGAGCGUCCAUUCUCUUGCAAAAUAUGUGGCAAAAGGUAUACCCUUGCUGAUACCCUGAGGCGUCAUAUAAGUGCAGCUCAUGAAGAUGGCAGAACCUACCAGUGCGAAAUCUGUGCAAAAAUGUUUAAGCAGCUUGCGCACUUAUCAGUUCACAAAAAAGUGCACAACGAUGAGCGGCCAUUUCAGUGUCACCUUUGUGAGAAGAAUUUCAAGCACAAGAAUGUCCUGAAGUCGCACCUGGCGAUACACGCUAAUGUAAGACCGUUCGAGUGUGACGUUUGUAAAGCCACUUUUGUGAGAAAAACUAAUUUACAAACUCACAUAGCAUCGGCUCAUAUGAAUGAACGUCCUUAUGCAUGUAAGAUAUGCGAUAAGCGCUUCAAGCAAAUCAGUCAUCUGAACGGUCACGUUGUGGUACAUAGUAAUUCUAUGCCAUAUCAGUGUGACUUUUGUGACCGUCGGUGUAACAGACUAGAUAAUCUAAAAAAGCAUAUGCGUCUGCAUACUAAAAAUAAAGAGUAAAUUGUAGAUAUGUGUCAUUUGAAAUAUUGCCAAAUGGAAGAUAGCUUCCAAGCUGCAGUAUAAACAAAGCGAAUGAAAGAUAUGUAAUAAUGUUUAAGGAAUUUCACAGGAUCAAGAAUAUAAUAUUUGUCUUUAGUAUGAACAAUAAGAAUCUAUACUGCUUUGUUUAUAUGAAGUAUUUCUCAAGUCAUAUACAUUGAAAUUCCUUAAUGGUAUUCGAAUCAAACCAGUAAAACUACUAUGCUAAGUAUUUUCCUAUGAAAAUGUUUUUCUUUGUAAUAAGAAUUGGUAUAAUGUCAGCAUAAUCUUUAAAGAACCUCUGCGUGGAACAAAAAGAUCUAUUCUCUUGUUUUUUUAAUUUUCGUUUAUUCGAAACUAUAUUUGUGCCUACAGUGUAGUGCGAAUAUCAUAUGUGGUUGGAACAUAAUUUAUUGAUUACAUUGGAUGAUUCUGUCUCAUUUGAAAUUAAUAUUAUUUCAAAAAGGUAUGAUUUUUUUCUUACCCUAUCGAGGCAGAAGAUGAAUAUCUAUGAAAUUGCUUUCUGUUAUUUCUAUGUACAUCCCAACUUAACGGAGAUACAUAAUAACUUGGAACAUUUGUAUACUGUCGUAUACUCAUAAAAAUGUUAUUUAUUUCUUUUUACCUGUAUACUCGAAAAAUGUUGAUGUUUUAUAGUACAGAAUAAACAAUCUUCUACUAUC